AUAUCUCUGGGAUGAGGCACACUGGGCUUCCUUGAGAUCCCCCCUGAGAUGGUGCUGCUCCUUGCGAUGGGUCAUCUCCGCACGUGUCACAAUAUUUGGGUUAUGGACCGCGGAUUCCCCCUCACCAAUCGGAUUGGGCUUCAGAAGUGGGUAUUGCUCGAAACUUGAUGUGGAUGUGGGACUAUCUUUCCAGGCUUCGCAACACCUGAACCGUCGAAAGAGGGGUCGGGUUGGUUCUGCGGGGUUUCACAGGCGAUACGAGUUACACCGUCAUCCAUCCAUCCAAUUCAAUAAUGCGCCGAUUGUGAGAACUAGUCGGGGUCGAUCGAUGCUCGCUUUGUCUGACUUGUUCGACAUAUCAACAGGGGAUGGAUCCCCGUGAAAAGAAAGGGUCCCUGAGUCUGCCAUCUCCUGAAUGCGUUCUCUGCUUCUUCCACAAUCCACCUUUUCCAUCUCUAUUAUCUUCGAGCUAUACCACUCAAGUGAGAUAGAUAAUGGCUUCGUCCGAGGGUGCACCUGUGCCUCAGAUCCCGGCCAAACAGAAGGCUGCCAUCUAUGACCGGCCGGGGACUGUUUCCACGAAAGUCGUGGAGGUGGAUGUCCCAGAGCCUGGUCCGGGUGAAGUUCUGAUCAAUCUAACCCACUCGGGCGUAUGCCACUCCGACUAUGGAAUAAUGACAGACACAUGGAAAGGGCUCCCCGCUCCCGUCCAGCCAGGACAAGUAGGCGGACACGAGGGCGUUGGCAAAGUCGUGAAACUGGGUCCUGGAACAGAGACAUCCGGGGUGAAAGUUGGCGACAGGGUCGGAAUCAAAUGGGUAUCCAGCGCGUGCGGGAACUGCGAACCUUGUCAAGCCGGCGCGGAAGGCCUCUGCUUCACGCAGAAAAUCUCCGGCUACUACACGCCGGGCACAUUCCAACAAUACGCCAUCGGCCCCGCCAACUACGUAACCCCGAUCCCCGACAACCUAGCCUCAGACGAAGCGGCCCCGAUGCUCUGCGCGGGGGUCACCGUCUACUCCGCCCUGAAGCGCAGCAACGCGCGCCCGGGCCAAUGGGUCAUCAUCUCCGGCGCCGGCGGCGGACUCGGGCACCUGGCGGUCCAGCUGGCCAGCAAGGGCAUGGGGUUCCGAGUGAUCGGGAUCGACCACGGGAGCAAAGAAGGGCUGGUCAAAGCCUCGGGGGCCGAACACUUCGUUGAUAUCACGCAGUUCCCGGCGGACGAUAAGGGCGAAGCUAUGGCGGCGCAUAUCAAGUCUCUGACUAGCGGGCUAGGCGCACACGCCGUCAUCGUGUGCACGGCGUCGAAUGCCGCCUACGCCCAGGCUUUGCUACUCCUACGCUUCAAUGGCACGCUGGUUUGUGUGGGAUUGCCGGAGAACGAGCCCCGUGCUAUUGCGACGGCGAUGCCGACGAGCUUGAUCGCGAAUCAUAUCACCAUCACGGGGUCGGCGGUGGGAAGUCGCAGGGAGGCGAUCGAGACGCUGGACUUUGCGGCCCGAGGGAUUAUCAAGGCGCAUUUCCGGACGGAGAGGAUGGAGGGGUUGACGGGGGUGUUUGAGGAGAUUCAUUGUGGUAAAUUGCAGGGGAGGGUGGUUUUGGAUUUGUCUUAGUUUUGGAUUUGGAGUUGGUGUUGCGUUGUGCUGGGUUUGUGAUGGUAUGGUAUGGUAUAUAUUGUUGCGGAAUGGGAGUGAUGUGUAGUUAUGCG